UUGUUUACUCUUUGUGAGGUUUCCUCUAUGGAUUUGAAACUUUCAGAUGAGAUUGUUUCCUGAUCUUAGAUAGUGAAGCAUCUACCAUUUAAACAAAUGAAACUAAACAACCCCCUCCCGCCAGCUGGUGUCCUUUAGCAACAUGAGAACAAGUGCUGGUGGAAUUUGUUUACUGCAGUACAAAAAUGAGCAUACAACAAUAGUAAAAUACAGAGAGGAAGCACUAUAGCCAGCAUCUGAAUUUAAGUGGGGACCUAUGGUUAAUUUUAUAAUGCAUGUAAAGACAAAAAGCUGUAGUGUUUUUAUGCCUUUUACUGAAUUCAGCAAUGAGCGCUUUCUCUUUAAUUCAGAAAUGACUGCAAGUGGUAUAUGGCAGGCAAGGGAGCAUCUAAAGCCAGCAGCAGUCCUGCCCUAGCAGAAAGGUUUGGGAUGCAGUGGAGAAAACAAAGGAGUCAGAAGGCUUAGGGAGAUGAAGCCACUCUCAAAAGCUGGGCUACGAAGAUCCUUUAGUCUCCUGCCUGCAUCAGACAGCAAACAUCUGAGAAUGGGGAGAAUUCAGGUCAGGGAAAGCUGGUGGGAGAGAUGGCCAGGCAGCCUGUACUGUGGGUAGGGCUGUCUGGACUAGUCUGGGACUAGACAGAAAACAGUCAUUAAUGCUGGAUUUUGUGCUGCAACGUGGAGUAGAAUUACAUCAUCUGCUGGGACAGCAGGCUGGGAAGGUGUGUGCGUGUCUGGAGGGAUGGAGUCUGCUGAAGUCGCUGAAGUUACAUCAGCCAGUGGUUGUUCUGUUCUUGCAGUGCUGAUGUGGCUUGUGCUGUCAGGGCGUCGGGGAUUGGCUGCUGCAGGUCAGCUGGGUCUGCCUCCGCAGCCCUUGCAGGAGCUGUCUCUGCCUCCCGGUUUCCAUGCAAGUUGCUUCUCUUAGAAAUCUUUGUUGCAGUUUCAGCCGGAGGGAUCAGGUAUCCUUGAUUUGCAGAAGGCAUCUCAAAAUGUCGUGUCAAGCCGCUCUGAGCCCUCUUGUCCGUUCCCCUGGAUGGUGCUUUGUGUUAUCGCCACAUGCCAUCGCAGCCAUUUCCCGUUUCUAUCUCCCUCACCAUACCCAGAGUUUAAGGAAUGAAUCCAUCCGUUGUUGGAGCAACAUCCCAUUUAUCACCAUGCCACUCAGCCGUGCACAUGGCAAAUCAUUUGCACACCGCAGUGAGCUGAAGCAUGCGAAGCGGAUUGUCGUGAAGCUGGGCAGUGCUGUUGUGACAAGAGGGGAUGAGUGUGGCUUAGCCCUUGGGAGGCUGGCAUCUAUUGUGGAGCAGGUGUCAGUGCUGCAGAAUCAGGGCCGAGAGAUGAUGAUAGUCACCAGUGGUGCUGUAGCUUUUGGAAAACAACGAUUGCGUCAUGAGAUCUUGCUUUCUCAGAGCGUGAGGCAGGCACUUCACUCAGGCCAAAGUCAGCUAAAAGAUAUGGCUAUUCCAGUCCUGGAAGCCCGAGCCUGUGCAGCAGCUGGCCAGAGUGGACUAAUGGCCCUGUAUGAAGCCAUGUUUACACAGUACAGCAUCUGUGCAGCUCAAAUUUUAGUCACCAAUCUGGAUUUCCAUGACGAACAGAAGCGUCGGAACUUAAAUGGAACACUACAUGAGCUUUUAAGAAUGAAUAUUGUCCCGAUAAUUAACACUAAUGAUGCUGUUGUUCCACCUCCAGAACCGAACAGUGAUCUACAGGGGGUAAAUGUGAUUAGUGUGAAGGAUAAUGACAGUUUGGCAGCACGUCUGGCUGUCGAAAUGAAGACUGAUCUCCUUAUUGUUCUUUCAGAUGUAGAAGGACUCUUCAACAGCCCUCCAGGAUCUGAUGAUGCGAAGCUCAUUGACAUAUUCUACCCAGGAGACCAACAGUCUGUGACAUUUGGAACCAAAUCUCGAGUGGGAAUGGGAGGCAUGGAAGCCAAGGUGAAAGCAGCUCUGUGGGCCCUCCAAGGAGGCACUUCUGUAGUGAUUGCAAAUGGAACCCACCCAAAGAUCUCUGGUCACGUCAUCACAGAUAUUGUGGAAGGGAAAAAAGUUGGAACUUUUUUUUCAGAGGUAAAGCCUGCAGGCCCUACGGUAGAGCAGCAAGGUGAAAUGUCUCGAGCUGGUGGCAGGACCCUGGCAGCACUGCAGCCUGAGCAGAGAGCAGAGAUUAUUUAUCGUCUUGCUGACUUACUAACUGAUCAAAGAGAAGAAAUUCUCUUGGCAAACAAGAAGGACUUAGAAGAAGCAGAAAAUAAAGGAAGACUGGCACUUCCUUUGUUGAAACGUCUAAGUCUCUCUACAUCAAAGCUGAACAGCUUGGCUAUUGGACUACGCCAGAUUGCAGCAUCCUCACAGGACAGCGUCGGACGCAUAAUUCGGAGAACAAGAAUAGCAAAAGACCUGGAAUUGGAGCAGGUGACAGUGCCUAUUGGGGUUCUUCUUGUGAUUUUUGAGUCCCGUCCUGACUGUCUCCCACAGGUGUCUGCUUUGGCCAUUGCUAGUGGAAAUGGUUUGCUACUUAAAGGAGGAAAAGAGGCAGCUUAUAGCAAUCAAAUCCUUCAUCAUCUGACACAAGAAGCACUUUCAAUUCAUGGAGUCAAAGAUGCAGUGCAACUGGUGAAUACAAGAGAGGAAGUAGAAGAUCUGUGCCGUUUGGAUAAGCUGAUAGAUCUUAUCAUUCCACGUGGUUCAUCGCAGCUAGUCAGGAAUAUACAGAAAGCAGCAAAGGGAAUACCUGUGAUGGGACACAGCGAAGGAAUCUGUCAUGUGUAUGUGGACACGGAUGCCAGUGUUGAAAAGGUCACGCGAAUAAUCAGAGACUCAAAGUGUGAAUAUCCUGCUGCCUGUAAUGCUCUGGAAACACUGUUAAUUCAUCGAGACUUGCUGAGAACCCCAUUGUUUGAUCAGAUCAUAGACAUGUUGAGAGUAGAACAGGUGAAGAUUCAUGCUGGCCCAAAAUUUGCCUCUUACUUGACAUUCAGCCCCUCUGAAGUGAAAUCUCUCCGCACUGAAUAUGGGGACCUGGAGUGCUGCAUUGAGGUUGUGGACGGUGUCCACGAGGCUGUUGAACAUAUCCACAAGUAUGGAAGCUCUCACACGGAUGUUAUCAUCACAGAAAAUGAGAAAACAGCGGAGUUCUUCCUCCAGCAUGUGGACAGCGCUUGUGUUUUCUGGAAUGCCAGCACCCGAUUCUCUGAUGGAUAUAGAUUUGGACUUGGUGCUGAAGUUGGAAUUAGUACUUCUCGUAUCCAUGCACGUGGACCAGUAGGAAUUGAAGGACUCUUAACUACAAAAUGGUUGCUGAGAGGGGACAAUCAUGUUGUUUCUGACUUCUCAGAUCAAGGCAGCAUGAAGUAUCUUCAUGAGAGCCUCCCUCUCCCUCACAGAAAUACCAGCUAAGAUCACUGGGGAGGAAAACCAGGGUUAAAAUGUUUAAUGAAGAUGUUCAGGCUCCAGUGUGUUCUCUGAGGAUAGAGAUUUGUUUUUCUUCUCCAGGAUCAUUGUUCUUAAUCACUGUGCAGUCCAUGGAAUAUGUUGUGAUCCUAUCUGUGACUUUAUUUGUUGCUGCCUUUUGCUAUUUCCUUUGGUAGUAUCUGCAAAUAGACCUUGUUUUUCCCAGAGAGAUCUUCUUUGAAACAUACAUGUACUGUUAGGAAAAGUUCAAAUAUCCGCUGCAUUCUUUUCACCCCAUUGUUCCUUCUGGCAAAUACGCGUGGUGGUGGAGGAUUAAACAUUUUUUUUUAUCUAGGUCUUUGUUUAGUUAAAACAUUUGUUUUGUUGAACAAACUUGGUAGCUUUUCAGUCACGUGAUCAUGGCAGCUCUUGAAAGCUCUAAAGCUUUGAUUAUUUUUUUAGUAUUUGAUCACACUGUGAUUACUAUGCAUUUGGAACAUACCUUUCAUUAAUAUUUUGAUGGAGCAAUCUUUUAUAUCUAAUUUUGUUGUAUUUGUUGACAGUUGUAGAUAAAUAACACAAUGGUAUACAGUGUGAAUUUUGUUACCUAUUUGUACCAGAUGUUUAUUUCUCAUUGGUUUUAUAUGAAACAAUCCCACUAACUGUAUCACCUAGACAUAAUGCAACUUUGAAGUUUAGAAAAAAAUAUAUUUGAAUAAAAGCUUCCAUUUGUGUACUGAAACAAGUGAGCAUGCAAGCGCACGCUGCAGUCAGAGGCUCAGUGCAGCAUUCCAGUGGCUGGGGCAGUUGGAGCAUCAUGGCAAACCCGUUAGUGUGAUGAUGGUGGGCUGCGGGGGCUCAGUAUGUAGUUGAAUACAUCUGAGGUCCAGUAGGGUGCACAGGAAACCAAUGAAGAACCCUAGAGCACACUGAGGAGCUGUGAGAGGGUUGUAGGGUGCUGUAGGAUGUGUCUCGAGCUCCCCAGAGUAUGCUCAGUAGCUUUGGGACAUUUCUGGUUGUCUCUAGAGUUCACUGUGUGGCCAUGAAAGGGCACCGAGUUCCAUGAGAGUGUUCUACAAUGUCCAGAAGUCAACUAGGUGCCCUUGGAAACUUCUUAGGAAGUCUCUCAGAGGCCCUAGAGCAUAGGAACAGAUUGUAUUACAGUUGAUUGGCUCUAGAGGGUUGGUAAUGAGAUUGCUCUAUUCAACGUUUAUUAAGGAUCUUUUCCAAGGUACUAUUGUCGUGCUGCUGCUACAGCUUUGCUAGAAGAGAUUGAGUUUACUCAACAUUCCAUUGAUGCUCCUAAAGCACUCGAUGGGCGUUUCCAGGGGAGUGGGAGAAUAGCUCUGAGAUUCAGCAUCAGCCCAAAAUCUGGAACUGGUAACUAAUAACAGAGAUGCUUGAAAAGAGUAAGUUUGCAAAUUAUAUUUUUAUAAAGUUGUAUUUCACCAAGUUUCCUUGAUGAGUACAUUGAAGAGCCAUUUAUUUCAGUACGACAGUGUUUGUAUACUGUUUAGAGUUCAUAAAAAAUACUUCAGACAGAGAAAUGCAUUACAAUUCCAUGUGAAAUUUAGAGCAUAGUGAAUCCUACAAGUGAAUUGCAGGAGGAGAUACUUUUUCACAGUUAUAUCAGUGUCUACAUUUUAUUCAGACUCAUUAAGUGGUUUUGAUGUGCAAUCUAAUGGGCAAUGGCAAAACAAGAAAGGCAUAAUGUCUGUAGGAAGUACUGUAUUUUGGUUUAAAAUGCCUAGAUUGUAUUCAGUUUAUAUGAGAUGAACACACAAACCCACUCAGUUUUGAAAGACUGCUUUCUUUUCCCUCAGCUGUAAAGGGGAGUGGCAAACAUAGUAAUUUCUAUAAUGAUGGUCAUGUGCAACGUUGCAGUUAGUUGCACUGUUCUUUAGACUGAAAUUGGGGGUAUUGGUUGAUGCUUGGCUUGAACAUGAGGCAGCAGUGUGGCCAAGAAGGCCAUUGGCAUCCUGGCUUGCAUCAGACACAGUAUUGCCAGCAAGAGCAGGGAGGUAAUUCCCACCCAUCCCCCAUACUCAGCUCUGGUGAGACUGCACCUUGAGUAUUGUGUUGUUUGGUUUUGG